AUGCAUCAACCAAUGGUCGUGAAUCGAACAAUAAUGGAUCGUAUAAGUAAUGAUGAAGAUAGGAGGGCUAGGCGAUGUGCCAAAUUUUCAACGGCGUCAAGGGAUGCAAUCCUCAACGAUCCUCUCGCUGAUCGCGGAUUGCUGAGCAGAAUGACCAAAUCCAACGAAAUGAUAGAAAGGCUACAACGGGACAAUUUUGCCAGGGAAACCUUGUUUAACGACAUUCUACAACUUUAUAAUAGCGAUCCAGAUGCUGAAUUGAUCUCGCAUGGAUUAAGGAAACUACGAGAAAUCAUCAUUAGCACUUUCGACAAAACCAAGAACGAUGACGCCUCCUACCGUCUCGCGUGGCGAGUGUAUAAGUUAUCCGUCGAAUACUACACCACUAAUAAGCAAUGGCAGAAGGCGAUUUCAUGUCUGGAAUUUAUCACGGAUAAUUUUCCUGCUGAUACUUUCCCUGAGACGGCAGAGUACACGGCAUGCAUUUUGGUGUACAAAUCUUACAUCGAAAACGACUCUCCCACGGCCCUAAAUCUGCUGACGACGCAUCUCUACGAUAACGAAAAACUGUUCUCAGUAUGUUUACGACUGGUUGUGAUUUGGGCAACCCAAUGCGACCCCCCAAACAACUGGUAUAAGCUUCUCCAAGACGUCGAUGAAACACCGAUUCUCAAGACUUUUCUUACAAGGCUCCCAAUCCUUAAACUGCACCAAACUGAAACCCUGAAGUUGAUCAGCAAGUCAUACCACCAGUUACCCCUGCAAUUCAUGGAAACUUAUUGGUUUUGCGGUCUAGGAAGACAACUCCGAGAAGAAGUAUGCCAGCAUUGGACAGUAUCAACGGAUGGCAUCAGGAACACCCAAUUAAUUUUAUUCAAGAAGCUAAAAAGGGCGCAUUAG